AUGGCGCAACAAAAGGUUGGAUUUGAAGGUGCUUUACUGACUAAUAAACACACUUACAUAAUAAUGGAAUACGUUCCGGGUGGAGAUCUUUUGGACUACAUUAACAACAAAGGUCAUUUAUCUGAAUGCGAGUCGCGCCGGAUAUUUCACCAACUGCUAGAUGUGAUGACGUAUUUACAUAAUUUGGACGUUGUACACAGGGACAUUAAAUGUGAGAAUAUUCUUAUGGAUCGACAAAACAACAUCAAGUUAGCGGAUCUUGGGUUUGCGACCUUCUGCGAUCGUAGUAAUUUCCUGAAAACAGCGUGUGGAUCGUAUGUAUAUACUGCACCUGAGAUUCACGAAGGUGGUUCUUAUGAUGGCAAGAUGGCCGAUAUUUGGAGCAUGGGUGUUGUCCUGUACGCUAUGUUAUGCGGACGAUUGCCCUUUCGUGAUGACGACUUCAACAUUUUGAUGGCGUCCUUCAGGAAAAGAGAGAAACUUCAUUUCCAUAAGAAAGUUUCUAAAGACUGUCGAGCUUUUGUGAGAUCAAUGAUUUGUUUAGAUUGGGAGAACCGCGCCACAGUUGAUGAUCUGAAGCAUUCCGAUUGGUUGAAUCGACCAAUAGACACCUCAACCGCCGACUUUGGUACACCUUGCUCAUCCGAAGCUUUCAUUGAUAGUUGUACCCACAAAACUAUGGAUACAGACAUACCACAUGGAUUUUCACUAAGCCAACACACCAUGAAACAACGCCAACCAUCACUGGUUACCGAUGUGUUGCGUGCUGUUGCCAUUAAACAUACAACGGAAAGUUCCACCCACCUGCACCGUCAUGCUGGCAUGAUGGAAAGAGCUGCACAAACAGGACUUAGGGGGCCUGCAGCACGAAGGAUUAGCAUACAACUCAGCGAACACAAUUUAUGUCAACCGAGGGCAACGCACCACGUACUGGAACACACUGCAGGGACUGAACCUGAUAGAAAGGAAAGUCUAAUGUUAAUGGCGGCCUCAAAACGUAAAGCGAAUUUACGUCGCGGUUCCCUCUCUCUUAACCACGGUGCUCUGCGUGCGGGUGGCUCACAAAUAAAUAUGGCUACAGACGAUCUUCUGGCAUCCGUUACCCGUCUCAACGUGCUUAAAUUUGACGAAGAUUCCCGCCAUAUGCACUUCAACACAAGCUCUAAAGUGGCAAUGGCAGCUGGUGCUGGCAAGCGGUCGUCCGCCGAGUGCACCAGACGAAACUCGUGUGUCACUGAAGAAAUGAAAGCACGAAUGAUGUUUCCAGGAGGAAUGACGGCAGAGGAACGUGAAGAAAUAGACAGAUGGAAAGGAAAAUGCGAACGAAUGAUAUAUUAAACCAAAAAAUUUGAUUUAAAAUAAUUACCGAUUAUUUUAUUAAUAGCUAUUAUUAUUAUUCAUAAUAAUUGGAUAUAUUUAUAAAUUGUAAUGUUGUAAUAGAAUAUUAAAUUGUAACAGACUGGACCAACUUUUGUUUGUAUUCCCAUUUAUUCAUCUGAAAUAGCAAAGAAAGUCACACAAUACCUCGUUAAAUCAACGUUCUGUUCUCGCUAACCUUAAUUAUACAGAAUCGAUAAAAAGAAAUGUAAAACAUAGUAAGACACUAAACAAGUACUGGUUUCUGUGUAUAACACAGUACACAGUGUUUGGCAAUAGAAUCAUAACAAACAUCACAAUAACAAUCAAGAAUAUGUGGUUCAACCUCGUCUUGAUUUCAGAGAUCAGAAAAAUACAAAUAACAGGAAAUUAAAACUGUACAUUUAUGAUUAUCACUAAUAUUUUAGAAUUUAAAAUAUCAGUUGAAAACAUAUAUAUUUAUGAAAAUUCAUAUGAAGCGAGUUUCCACAAGUAUGUAUAGCCCUAGUGGGUUACUUUAUCAAAGAAACAACCGAUCAUUUUUGUUAAAUAAUUAACAAAUAUUUUAUAGAGGAAGAGGAAGAGUCAACUUGCUACUUAGUACAUAAAAUUUCACUAAAGUAAAUUGAGAUUUUUUUAGACAAACAUUCAAUAAAGACUUAAUAUAAUUAUAUUAAUAUGUAUAAUUGAGUUUACUGAAUUUAGAAAUAGAUAUUAGAAUAUCAAUUAAGAAAACUGAAAUUAAAUAUAGAUGUAAUAUGUCAUUGCUAAAAAGUUAUCAAAGUACUAUUAAUAAGUAAUUUUGAAAAUCACAUACAAUAUUAUUCAGAACACUGUUCUAAUCAAAUUAUUGUAAUUAUUAUAAACAUUCUUUAUACUUCUUCAAAUAUAUAAAAAUAACAUUGUAAGAGUUCAACUAUAAUCAAUAUAUUUAAAAUAUCUUGCUCAUCAAUUUUAAAUAAACAUAUUUAGGUGGGGUUAAAAUUGAACAUACACAAGUUAUUUUACUUAAGCCUGCACUCACAGCACCUGACGGUUGUCAGUUGACGCGAUUCCUUGGAAAGAACAUGUGACGAUGUGCGUGCGACAGAUUGUUUUUAAUGACGCUCUGUUCAGACAGCCACCUAUAAUCAGCAGAAGGCAUCAUCUUGUCUUGUAUUGACAGGGAGCACAGCUGGAUUUGUUGGCUGACCGUUGUAUGACGCCGUGAGAGUGCCCACAUUUACAGGUAUGUGAAGGACUUUUAGGACGGGUAAUGUACUCAAUUAGCAUUACCAAUGACAGUUGCUGAGAAGGGGGAAUUAAAUCACCCCACCCCUUUUUAAACCUCUUGAGGAUUCAACUUCAGUAUUGCAUACUUGCAGAUAAUUGAUUCAAAAGCUUGUGUAUGUUCAUUUUCUUUUGCAUUUCCUAAGCUGUAGUACUCUCCACUGUGUUAUGUUGAAUCAAAGAUACUUGAAACACAAGAGAGAACUCUCACAUAGCAAAAGUGAAGCAGAUACACCUCAUAUCUUUUACGCAGAUCCAGACAUAUGCGGCGCCCUUCUGUUUUCAGUAAUGGCAAUUUACGUAAGUUCAGAUCCAGACGUAAGCUGUGUCUCAUUUAAUGGGGAGCCGUGUACCACUGGAUAUAAACAAACUUACGUCAGUACUUUUUACCCACAAUGCAAUUCGGUGAUGCAGUUUUUUCUGUGGAAUCUAGAGAGUUCCAUCUUGUGUUUCUAGUAUCUUUGGUUGAAUCUGUAAAGAUUCUUUAACUUUUUUUAGUGGCAAAUUGUUACAAAAAAAGGCAUUAUACAAAUAUUAUGAUUUAAUAGUUAAGACACAUUAUAAGAUAAUCUUAGAUGCAGAUAGGGGGUGGAAGAUUGGCACAAAUUUGAAUAAAUCACAACUGCAAAGUAGUUAUCAAAAUUUAUUGUAUGUUGUACAACAUGGGAGUUUAUCUAAUCGACUAGAUCUUAAAAUCUCUGGAUGCAGUGAUAAAUCUAGUAUACACUACAUUAAAAUAAUGCCCCUCGAGUAAUGGCUAAAAAAUUGCACAA